CCUGCUGCUCGUGGCAUCUCUGUGCGGGCGGCGGCCGGCGCCGCUCUCGGGUCGAAGAUGGCCGAGCAUCUGAAAAAACCCUUCAAAGACAGUCUGAGCGACAUAAAGGAACGGAUGAAAGAGAAGAGAAAUCAGAAAUGGGCGACGUUGAGCAAAAUCAGCCAGAUCUCAACUGUGAAAUGCAAGAGAGCAACCACCACCUCUGUGAAAAUGAAAAGCCUCCAGGCCAACAACAAAGCUCUGGCUCAGGCUUUGCAGGAAGAAAAGCUCAAACUGAGGGAUGCUCAAGCUCUUAUCCUACAGCUAAGGAAAGAGUAUCAAGAUCUGAAGUUUCAAAUGUUUGACUUGCGAAGAAAUCUUGCAUUCAGGCAAGCACAAGGACUGGUUGAGACUAGACUGUCAGCUUUGAGUGAGAUAAUUUCAAAAGUUUCUCAGAACUUACUGGAGUCAGUUGAUCUCCUUGGCCCAGCGAAGGAUUUGUGUUCCAGAAGUGUAAAUCAGAGGGUGUGUACUUCAGUGCUUGAAAAUAAUUCCAGUGACAUAGGAGGGAGAAGUUCUGUAGAGCUUCUACAGCCUGCUGAUGGAGAUGAUCAAGUACUUCAAUGUAGGUUGGAAGCUGAUUGUGAGAAAAGUGAGCCAGGUCAUUCUGUGUUCAAGAUCUGUCAGGAACUUGACAAUGACACUUCCUUAGCCAAAAUAAUUCCAGACAAAGGGCAAACAUCUGAUUUUCAUGUGUACAACAUUGCAUCAGUGCUGGGAGAUGUUUCUUCAAGUGGCGAAGAUGGAUUUGGUAAUAUGUUAACAAAGAAUGUGUCUACCAGGCGCCGCUGUUUGAAGAUGACAAGUAGAGAUGAACUUUGCACUGGCAUUUUGGACAAUUUGGAAGCAUCUGAUUCAGCUGAAGAGCCUUUUAAACAGGAUGAAAUGAGGCUUCAGAAAAGUCUAGAUGUGUGUACUGUGGAAAACAUACAUUCGGGUAUUUCUCAGGUGGACAAAGUAGGUUCAGACCUGGUAUUAAGGCAGAUGGAUUCUGAAACUGCGAAGGUCAGUUCACGCAACAGUUCAGAUCUUAAACAGCGUGCAUGUAAAAACACAGAAGACUCUCAAGUAAGGAGAGAGAAGGAUCAGAAGGUGAAAAUGGGAGGGACUAAAGAUACUUCCAGACCAAGGUCAAAGAAAAGACAAGGUAAAGAGACUUGCAAAGAAAAGUUGGACAACUUGAGUGGUUCCAGUGAUGCUUAUGAUUUUAAUUUUGAAGAGAGCAUCCAUGUUACACCUUUUCGACAAAAUAAGGUGAAUGACAGAGAUACUGAUGUGGGUGACAAAGAAGAGUCAUCUGAAUCUAAUAGCAUCGAGUUGAGUGAUACUGAAGGAGAUUCAGAUGAUAGCCUUUACGUACCUUAUAAGAAUAAACCAAAAAAAAGGAAAAGUUCAGUGGAUGAGACUGGUACAUCACCAAUCCAUGUGAGGCCAAGGUCUAAAAGAUGUCUGGCACAGCGUGAGCAGAAACUCCAUAAAGAAGAGACUGAAAAAAAGACUGAAAUCAAUAAAUCAAGUGAAAAGUCUACUAGUCAACCUUCUAAAUCAUUUCAUGGUCAUCUCUGUGAUGUUACUAACAUUGCUUCAUCACUCCUAAGCAAAGGGAAUGCACCUGUUGGCCCUGCAGGUGAAAGAUCACCAUCUCCAAAACGCAAACGAAGAAGCUGUACACUUACUGUGAACUAUAAGGAACCAAGUAUUACAGCGAAACUUAGAAGAGGAGAUCCAUUUACAGAUAUAUGCUUUCUGAAUUCUCCAAUUUUCAAGCAGAGGAAAGAUGCUAAACGCAAUUCCACUAAGAAGAAAUCUCUUUCAAAAUAUAACGAGAAAUUUGUUGGUGGUUGUUGAGAUUUUCUGUGAUGCUAACAGGACUAUGAAGAGAGGAAAUCCAUCAAUCCUUCAGCCAGCAAACUUACACUAUACAACUAUCUCUAGGCGUUUAACUGGAUAUAAAACAAAGUGGGUUUUGGUUUUAAUCAAAUGACUUAUUCUUAAGGAUGUAGAAGACAUGAGAUUACUUUUAUAACUAGGGUGAUUCCACUUAAGCUCUUUUGGGAGACAUGCUACUUUGUGAAUUUGUAAAUACAUCUGAAAUAUCUGAAAAAGAUGAAGAGCAAAAUUUUCUGACUUAAAUCCUGCUUCAUCUGACUGUGGUUGGCGCAAGCAAACUUCAGGUACUGAAGUUCAAAUGUUAUCCAGAUCUUAUUUAUGUAACAGUUUCAUAUUGAAGCCUAUAAUAAAAGUGUUAGUGUUGGAAA